GAGUAGAAAAAGCUGUCUUCCAUAUCACAAUUCCUUCUCCAGGAGAGUUGCCACAAUGUCUACCUUACAGAGAUCCCUUAAUGUCCUGUUACGGACCAGCAAGCUCGCCGCUAAGAGGCCAUCCGCUGUCAAUCCAGUCCAAUAUGUCCUCUCUCACAACAGAAUGUCUGUUCGAGGAAUGGCUGCUGCUUUCGAACGUAACAAGCCUCAUGUAAACAUUGGUACCAUUGGACAUGUUGAUCACGGAAAGACUACCUUGACUGCUGCCAUCACAAAACGUCAGUCCGAGAAGGGAUUCGCCAACUUCCUUGACUACGGAUCCAUCGAUAAGGCUCCCGAAGAGCGAAAGCGUGGUAUCACCAUCUCCUCGGCUCACAUCGAAUACCAGACCGAAAAGAGACACUAUGCCCAUGUCGACUGUCCCGGGCAUGCUGAUUACAUCAAGAACAUGAUUACUGGUGCUGCGAGUAUGGAUGGAGCCGUUGUCGUUGUAGCUGCUUCUGACGGACAAAUGCCUCAAACCAGAGAGCAUCUGCUCCUUGCCCGCCAGGUCGGUGUUCAGAAGCUCGUCGUUUUCGUUAACAAGGUCGACGCUGUUGAGGACCCAGAGAUGUUGGAACUUGUCGAGCUAGAGAUGCGUGAGCUGCUCAGCCACUAUGGUUUCGAGGGUGAGGAGACCCCAAUCAUUUUUGGCUCUGCUCUCUGCGCCCUUGAAUCUCGACGACCAGAAUUGGGUGUUGAGAAGAUCGAUGAGCUAUUGAACGCUGUGGACACCUGGAUUCCCACCCCUGAGCGUGCCACUGAUAAGCCUUUCCUUAUGUCCAUUGAGGAAGUUUUCUCCAUCUCUGGUCGUGGUACUGUCGUCUCCGGUCGUGUCGAGCGUGGUAUCCUCAAGAAGGACUCCGAUGUCGAAAUUGUGGGUGGAUCUAAUACACCCAUCAAGACGAAGGUCACCGACAUUGAAACCUUCAAGAAGUCUUGUGACGAAUCCCGAGCUGGUGACAACUCCGGUCUACUUCUCCGAGGUGUCAAGCGUGAGGACUUGAGACGUGGAAUGGUUGUUGCUGCUCCCGGAUCGACCAAGGCUCAUACUGACUUCAUGGUCUCCCUUUAUGUUCUGACCGAGGCUGAGGGUGGCCGUUCCAACGGAUUCACCCACAAGUACCGCCCACAGAUGUUCAUCCGUACUGCCGACGAAGCCGCAUCUUUCAGCUGGCCUGGAGAGGAUCAAGACAAGAAGGCCAUGCCUGGUGACAAUGUCGAGAUGAUUUGCAAGACCCUCCACCCAAUUGCGGCUGAGGCUGGUCAGCGAUUCAACAUCCGUGAGGGUGGCCGAACUGUUGCCACAGGUUUGAUCACCCGUGUCCUCUAA